UGUAUCCAAUCGGGGAUCCUGUUUUACCUCUAAUGAGUUCGAAAAGUUUGUUCAAGAACAUAUGAUUCAGCAUAUUAAAGUCGCGACGGGGUCACCAAAAUCAAACGGUCAGAUCGAAAGAAUCAAUCGAGACUUAACACCAAUGUUGUCAAAAUUGGCUAUUUUAACAAACAAAUCCACUGGUAAUUCUCCAUCCGUUUUAUUGUUCGGUAUUAGUCAAAACGAUCCUAGCGAUCCUUUAAGAAAUUUAUUAGGCGCUGAAGCUGAAAAAGAAGAUGACUUAGCCGAGGUUCGAGAAAAGGCUCAGUCUCAGAAUGAAAAGUUACAAGCAUACAAUAAGCGCAUGUAUGACCAAAAACAUAGACCUCCUAAACCGUACAAUGUCGGUGAUUAUGUGAUGAUAAAAAACAUAGAUGUUACACCAGGUAUUAAUAAAAAACUUUUACCUAGGUAUCGUGGUCCCUACGAAAUCAAGAAGUCAUUAGGCAAUGAUCGUUAUUGGAUUACAGACGUUGAAGGUUUCCAAGUAACGCAAAUCCCAUUUGAGGGAGUAUGUUGUUCUGAGAAUAUGAAGCUUUGGCUUCAAUAAGUUACAAAGAGAUUAGUUUCAUUUGUUCAUUAUUUCAUAAUGUUGUGUUUCUUAGUUUUGUUUCCACCUCGUUCUAGUUUUGACGCUAACAUGUUCGUCU